UCAGCCUUUCCGAUAUAUUUGAAUGCGAUAUAUGAAAAAUCGUUAUUUCCCCUUUAAUAUUCGAAAAUCGUUGUUAGAAUGUAUGCUUCAUAAAUCCGUAUUUAAAAUAAAUUAUUGUUCUAUUAGACUCUCACUGUUUCCGAUAAGGUAAAUUCGAUGGAUACUUAAACCAUGUAUCUACAUAGACAUUUAAAUCGUUUUAAAAUUAAUAAAAUACUUUUAGACUACCGCAAGAUAUCUACCAGACUGCUAAAGUAGCCAAGAUUCUUUUACUUAUGGAAAAAGGCAAGGGAAAUCGGUACCGAGGAAAAAAAUUAAGUGAAAUCAAUAUAGAUGAUAACGAAUACUAUAGCUCUGAAUACGAAGGCGAUGAAGAACCGAUUAUGCAGAAGGUGCUAAAGCGGGUUACAAGGGGAAAAAAACCUGAAGACGAAUUAGAUACUGGAGAUUCUGACAGAUAUGUGCAUCAGUCAACGGAACGUGAUCAACAUAAUGAAAACACAUUAUCAAGAAAUUAUUUUAAAAAGGCGACUAGUCCGUUUCACGAAUCUAACGAAGAAAAUAGUGAAGAACCACCAACAAAAAAAACUAAAGAAUCAUCCACGAAAUCCAUCCAGAGAUUCAGAGCCAAAUGGUCAGAUAAUGAAAAACAAGUUUUACUUCAGUACUUUGAAAAACAUAUUAAAAAAAAAUUACCCCUCGGAAACAUGAAUGUGACGAACUACUGAAACUACAUCCACACGUGUUCGAAAAUAAGGACUGGGUCCGAAUAAAAACAUAUGUGUAUAAUACAUUCCGUGAAAGGAAGUGAUUGCUUAUUUUUAUUUUUACUGAACCACAUACUCGUAAUAGAUUAUUUUUAGUUCCAAUAAGUUACUUUUAAAUAAUAUAUAUUUUAUUUUCAAAAAUGUUUAAACCUAAACAAAUCCGAUUUUUGUACGAAAAGAUCAUUUUUAAAUAUGAUCAGGUACGCAAUAUAAAAUAGUGAAAGUUGAGAAAUCUGACAACCCUGUCGGGCUUCAUAUAGUCUGGUAAAUAUAAACAUUUUAUACAAUUGGCUUCGUAUUACCUUCAAAUGUUUGGGCUUCGAAAGACCUAAACUAUAUAUCUACUAUUUGUGUAUUAAAAUAACUUACCCCUCAAAGGUUGCCUUUACUAACUUUAGAAUUUCCUAUAUAAUUACAUAAAAUACACUCCUCUAUCGGGCGUAUUAAGGGUGGGCUUCCGGUUGUCUGACUAAUAUAGUGGGCUUGGUAU